AUAUAUAAAUAUUAUAUGCAAAUGUAAAUCCUUUGAUCAAGCUGUAUCUUCCUUUGUAAUUGCUAGCUGACAAAUCAAUACGAUUCUCUCGUGGGGUUUCAACAUUUAAUCCAAUAACGUUUUGUGGCUUGAUUUCUUUUCAAAAGACUGAAAAGAUUUUUUUGGGGUUAGGGUAGAGGGUGGAUGGGAGGUGAAAUUUUCUUAUUCGACGAAAUGGUAUUGGAUCAGAGCAACCUGUCAAGUGUCUCUGAAGCUCGAGUUACUUGUGUCUUAAGUUGAGUCAGAACAUUUCUUUGUGUCUAGAAAGGGAAAAGUAAGGAUUAGAGUUGAAAGCUGAAAGAUAAGAGAAAGUGGAAGAAAAUAAAUAAAACUCGCAUUGAUCGUGGAUUUGUUGUAGAGUUUAAAGAAAGGGGUUAAAAUGGCUUAAGAAUGGAGUGAGCUACGCGGCUAAUUAUGACACAAACAGAUUAUCUAGGCACAAGUAUGGUCAGCAGAGGUCAACAGAGGCCAACCGAGUGCAGCAAAGAGCAUCCUUCAGUCUUACAUUUGCUCCCCUUUUCCAACAAUAACGCUGCAGACGAUGUCAGUCACACGACACCCAAGGAUGUCCCGAAGUCUUCCAGUGCUGAAAACAGAGUGUUUCCUGUCCUUGCAGUGACAAGGUCUCUUCCAACUCACACACAGUUGAGCGAAGGCUUUGAGCCCAACGAUAAAAACGUAUCUGCCAACCAAAAGAGACGAUACUUGAGAGUCUCUUCAGAGAAGUUGUCUCGUCACCAGGCUAGAGCUAGAGCAAGAGCCAAAUCGGAAUAUGAAAUUCGUGCAAAUAUAAAACCAUCGACCGCGACAUUUUAUAUUAAAAGUGACAAUGAACUUGAUGUUAGAGCUAGUGACAAUACGGAAAAUACUCAAAACUGUUCAUUGUCAUCUUCAUCGCUGAAAACAGAUCACGCGAAUGGAAACACCUCUUCCAAAACUCGUUCUGUCCAAAAGUCACUGAUGAGUUUAUAUGACCUUCAGAAGCGAGGUCACAUCACUUCUUUCUGGCACAAGAAAGAGCUUAGUUCCAUUGAGUCAAAGCAGGCGAAAACCCAAGCAGAUCAAACCAGCGCUUCCACAGCACCAUUCUCGAAUACCGUCAAAAUGAACGUCAAAGAACUGCCCAGGAGUAAGACACCUUUGGUUGAAAACGACCCAGACAAACUGAACAUGAACCACGUGAUAGCUUUUUUACAAAACACGGAAAUAGAUUCCCGGGCUAGCGAUAAGAAAAAGGAGGAUCAGAACAUAAGCGUCAAGACUACAAAGAAACCCAUUGCCUACGAUCCUGACUUUGGUUCGCAGACUAAAUCAGCUGUUCAGCUAAACCAACGCCAGAAUACAACGCUGCUGGGAUCAACCAAUGAGCAGAGUAAACAUGCUACCGUUGAAUCAAACGUUUACAGGUUUCCAGACUUCAGACCUCAGUCCUACCCAUCGUAUAGAGUGGAUUUGAUCAAAAAGAAUGGCGCAGAUAAAAAACAGGACGACAGCCAGCAAAAACCUAGAAACCUUCACUACUCGGACCUGAAAACUUAUAACUCCAUCAUGUCCGCACAACCGGAACAGAGAGCGCGCCCCGAAUCACUGCGCUGGAGAGUUUCAUCCGAUCAACAAGGAGAGAUCAAUAUCUCGACAAUGAUACGCAAUAUCAGCAACAAUACUGGUGUAAACAACGCAUCCGGUAGACCAUUUCGCUUGCAUCGAUUUCUGACCAUUGUCCCCGACAGACUUCCGAACGUCGAGACAAAGGACCCCGGGUCAGCGGAGAGCAAAAGUAAUGCCGUAGUGCGGGGCGGAACGGCCGAGCGGCCAUUCAUACAUAUUACAUCAACCAUAUCUAAAGACAAGGGUGGUGACGUCAACAACCAAGAGCAUGUUCCUAAAGAGAACAGAGGCUUUGAUUCCCUCACAAAUCUGGCAAUAAAUAGAUUAAUUAAGGAAUCCCCAAGACGUAAACCCCAUUCAACAAUCCCUAGAAGAGGGUCCCACUUUUCUGGAAUGCAUUACGACGAACCUGCUCAGUUUAAUGGCACAAGAAAGAAGGCGGUAAUUUGUCUGCCGUCUGCAGAAUACGAUUUGGACGAAGAUGAACUUCCAGUUUAUGCCCCAGCACGAGAAAAUACGCGUGCAAGUUUUAAACAGCCGACCCAGACUCAUCUCUAUGAAGCCAACACAGAACACGGAGAGUUGAUAGAUCUACCGAUUGCUUCUUCCAUUGGUGGUCAGGAAAUUGAAACUGACCAGGAAAUGGAGAUGCCAGAAACUGAAACACAGGAUGUUACGUCACUGACCGAAAACAUUUCCGGCGAGAAGAUGGACGUUUUCAACAAGUCUGACACUCAAAGCGAUUUCAAACUUCAUCCAGUGGACUUCACUGCUCUGGUCACGCAUGACCAGGAACAAGCAGACGAUGUUUACAUUCAUUCUUCACUGUUUCUGAACUAUCCUUCACCUUCACUAUCUCACCAUUCGUCGUACGCCGCUACAACACCCAAAGUGGACUUUUCGAAAACGCAACAAAAAGAAAGCGGACAUUUUUUUCCUAGUCAUAAAAAUCUUAAGAGCCAUUCCAGUUCAAGCACGCACCAGACGUUUACAGGAGCUCAAGUAAAAUUAACUCUUCGAAAAGAGAGAGACAGAACAAGUGCACUUACCUAUAUGUCAGAUAUGGAGGUGCUUUAAAAAAACAAAGACAUUCUCACAUUCAAUAUGUAUAGAUCUAAGUAUCUAAUUAACUUAUCAAUUGUACUUUUCCCCCCUAUUAUUUUCGCAUUUAAACACAUUUUUUCUUAUAUUUGGCAGUUAGAAUAUAAACUAAGCAGUGGCGUAGCAACUAUUGCGCGAAGGGGGUUCAUUACGCCCGGGACCACCACCAAUAUUGACACAAACGAGUUCUUGUAAGGGAAAAGUGUGUUGAAUAAUUAUAAUUCUUAUAUCAUUUUGCUUAAACCAUUGUAUAUUUGUUGCUCCUUACAUAUAUUUAUCAUAAGAACCAAUACCGAAUCGAUGUAAAACUCUUUGUAGUAUGAGGUAUAUAAGAGGUAGAUAAGAUUCUAACGCCUUAACCUUUAACAUUACGUCAUUAAAUUCGUGGAUUAUAGAACAUCUACAAACUGUGUAAGAUGCUAAUUUAAAAAAAUACGAUUAAAACUGCACGCCACCAGCAAUGAACAAGUUUCCUUCCUAAGCAAAUACGACUUCGAAUAGAUUCCUCUGAACGUAAACAAUGCUGGUGUUAAUGUUGGUUUGGACGACGCAGGGCAUGAGAUUCGACAAUGGGAAAAAAACGGAAAAUUUUCGUGUUUUUUUUUACAUAAAGACAAUAUGAACAAGGCUGCUUCCUUAACAUGGCUCAAAGCAGGUCAUCUCUACCCUGAAACUGAAGGAUGGUUCCUUAACAUGGCUCAAAGCAGGUCAUCUCUACCCUGAAACUGAAGGCUGCUUCCUUAACAUGGCUCAAAGCAGGUCAUCUCUACCCUGAAACUGAAGGAUGGUUCCUUAACAUGGCUCAAAGCAGGACAUCUCUACCCUGAAACUGAAGGCUGCUUCCUUAACAUGGCUCAAAGCAGGACAUCUCUACCCUGAAACUGAAGGCUGCUUCCUUAACAUGGCUCAAAGCAGGACAUCUCUACCCUGAAACUGAAGGCUGCUUCCUUAACAUGGCUCAAAGCAGGACAUCUCUACCCUGAAACUGAAGGCUGCUUCCUUAACAUGGCUCAAAGCAGGUCAUCUCUACCCUGAAACUGAAAGCUGCUUCCUUAACAUGGCUCAAAGCAGGACAUCUCUACCCUGAAACUGAAGGCUGCUUCCUUAACAUGGCUCAAAGCAGGACAUCUCUACCCUGAAACUGAAGGAUGGUUCCUUAACAUGGCUCAAAGCAGGACAUCUCUACCCUGAAACUGAAGGCUGCUUCCUUAACAUGGCUCAAAGCAGGACAUCUCUACCCUGAAACUGAAAGCUGCUUCCUUAACAUGACUCAAAGCAGGACAUCUCUACCCUAAAACUGAAGGCUGCUUCCUUAACAUGGCUCAAAGCAGGACAUCUCUACCCUGAAACUGAAAGCUGCUUCCUUAACAUGGCUCAAAGCAGGACAUCUCUACCCUGAAACUGAAGGCUGCUUCCUUAACAUGGCUCAAAGCAGGACAUCUCUACCCUGAAACUGAAGGCUGCUUCCUUAACAUGGCUCAAAGCAGGACAUCUCUACCCUGAAACUGAAGGCUGCUUCCUUAACAUGGCUCAAAGCAGGACAUCUCUACCCUGAAACUGAAGGCUGCUUCCUUAACAUGGCUCAAAGCAGGUCAUCUCUACCCUGAAACUGAAAGCUGCUUCCUUAACAUGGCUCAAAGCAGGACAUCUCUACCCUGAAACUGAAGGCUGCUUCCUUAACAUGGCUCAAAGCAGGACAUCUCUACCCUGAAACUGAAGGAUGGUUCCUUAACAUGGCUCAAAGCAGGACAUCUCUACCCUGAAACUGAAGGCUGCUUCCUUAACAUGGCUCAAAGCAGGACAUCUCUACCCUGAAACUGAAAGCUGCUUCCUUAACAUGACUCAAAGCAGGACAUCUCUACCCUAAAACUGAAGGCUGCUUCCUUAACAUGGCUCAAAGCAGGACAUCUCUACCCUGAAACUGAAAGCUGCUUCCUUAACAUGGCUCAAAGCAGGACAUCUCUACCCUGAAACUGAAGACUGCUUCCUUAACAUGGCUCAAAGCAGGACAUCUCUACCCUGAAACUGAAGGCUGCUUCCUUAACAUGGCUCAAAGCAGGACAUCUCUACCCUGAAACUGAAGGCUGCUUCCUUAACAUGGCUCAAAGCAGGACAUCUCUACCCUGAAACUGAAAGCUGCUUCCUUAACAUGGCUCAAAGCAGGACAUCUCUACCCUGAAACUGAAGGCUGCUUCCUUAACAUGGCUCAAAGCAGGACAUCUCUACCCUGAAACUGAAGGCUGCUUCCUUAACAUGGCUCAAAGCAGGUCAUCUCUACCCUGAAACUGAAGGCUGCUUCCUUAACAUGGCUCAAAGCAGGACAUCUCUACCCUGAAACUGAAAGCUGCUUCCUUAACAUGGCUCAAAGCAGGACAUCUCUACCCUGAGUAAUUUGGGCAAAAAAUUACUAGAAGCAUAUCUUAAAACUCAAUGUUGUUCACAAAUACUGAAAAUGUGGAAAUGUGGGUUAGUCAAUUGAACACAUGAUGGCUUUGAAACAUAUUAUGAUCAAUAAAGAUACACCUCCUUAUUAAAAAUACUCGCCACAAGAGGUUCUCGAGUCUACAUGUCACUUAUUAUACUGGUAAAGACCUAUUUGGACAGACAAAACGGUAGAUUUUAAUCUCCCUGAUCUGCUGUUUAUUGAUUUAAAAAAAAACGCCACCAUUAUUGACUUCGCCGUACCACUGUCUCGUAAUAUAAGAAAAACUGAAUGGAAAAACAACAAAAUCUCCUAGGCUCGGAGAUUAAGCGUUUAUGGAAGUUAUCUAAAAUAACAAUAUGCCUCAUUGUUAUAUCAACAGAGGGGAUAAUGACAACUGACCUCACAGCAGAGGCGUAGUGAGGGGGCAAGUGGGCGCGAUGCCGUAGACGCCAUCCUCAGGGAGGCGCCAAAAUAAUAAAAAAAUUAUUGUAGACAUUUCAGUUAGGUAAUACAUUUUAAGGUUAUUUGUAUUAUAUUAUUAUUAAAUACUUUGAUUGCCCCGGGCGCACCUUGUAGGCUUACGUAAUACGCCUCUGCCUCACAGAUAACUUCAACAUUCCUAGGAACAUCCUCGUUGCCUGUCAGAGGGCGAUACUGCUGCAGACCAGCCAUAUCACGGGUAAAUUCCUCAGUGGAAACUGAUCAAGGGACUACAUUGAAUUUUUGUUCCUCUUUAACAAAACUCGACCCUGGAAGGAAUACUCGUUCCUUUCUAACACAAUAAUAAUAAUAUUGACACAUUUUAAGCAAUGUGAAAGUUCUCCAAUAAUUACGCCUUCUUUAAUAUUUCUUUUAUAGUACGGUGUCCAUAUACUCGUUGAGAUACAUGAAUUAAUAUUAUGAGAUGACUUUAAAUUUCAUUUCGUUAUCGCCACAAAAAGGAAAUAGAGACUUACCAAUAAAAUAUUUUGCUGAUUAAA